GGGGGAGGGGUGGAUGAGCUCGGGAACGACGUGUUUCCCCCCCCCAACCCAAAGGGGUAUUGAAAUUUUGUCGAGCGUUUACAGAGGAGAGAAAAGGCAAGGGAUGACCAGAUCGUGAAAAAUCUCAUCUGUUGAAAGGAGCUGAAUCCAGAGAGCACCUCAGCCGAGGAACCCCCUGUUAGUGAGUGACCAGGAGCCAUGGCUGCUUUCAGACAGGAGAGCGUGGACGGGCACUACAAGAUGGGAGAGGAGCUGGGCAGCGGUCAGUUUGCCAUCGUUCGGAAGUGCAGUGAGAGGAGCACAGGGAACGAGUACGCGGGCAAAUUCAUCAAGAAGAGGCGCUUGUCCUCGAGCCGGCGGGGAGUGAGCCGGGAGGAGAUUGAGCGCGAGGUGAACAUCCUGCGGGAGAUCCAACACCCCAACAUCAUCACGCUGCACGACAUCUUCGAGAACAAGACAGACGUCAUCCUGAUCCUGGAGCUGGUGUCCGGGGGCGAGCUCUUCGACUUCCUGGCUGAGAAAGAGUCCCUGACGGAGGAGGAGGCCACCCAGUUCCUGAAGCAGAUCCUUGACGGGGUCCAAUACCUGCACUCCAAGAGCAUCGCGCACUUCGAUCUCAAGCCUGAAAACAUCAUGCUGCUGGAUAAGAAUGUGCCCAGUCCCCGAAUCAAACUCAUUGACUUUGGGCUUGCACACCAGAUCACGGCUGGCAACGAGUUCAAAAACAUUUUCGGAACCCCAGAGUUUGUGGGUAAGUCCUUACUAGAUGAGAGUCCUCUGGGAUUGGAAGCAGACAUGUGGAGUAUUGGAGUGAUUACCUAUAUCCUGCUGAGCGGCGCCUCCCCCUUCCUGGGGGAAACGAAGCAGGAGACCCUGACGAACAUCUCUGCUGUGAACUACGACUUCGACGAGGAAUAUUUUGUGCACACCAGCGAGCUGGCGAAGGACUUCAUCCGCAGACUGCUGGUCAAGGACCCCAAGAAGAGAAUGACAAUUGAGGACAGCCUGCAGCAUCCAUGGAUCAAGGUGAUCAAGCGACGGAACGUGCGCAAGGAGGACGGCGACAAGAAGCCAGAGCGCCGCCAGCUCAAGACCACACGCCUGAAGGAAUACACCAUCAAGUCUCACUCCAGCAUGCCUCCCAACAACACCUACGUGAACUUCGAGCGCUUCUCCAAGGUGCUGGAGGAGAUCGCAGUGGCUGAAGAGGGGCUGCAAGAGCUGGAGAGGAACAAGCUGUCCUGCCAGGAAGACAUCGCCGCCCUGCUGUCCAUCUAUGAGGAGAAGGAAAGCUGGUACAAGGAGGAGAACGAGAGCAUCGAGGGGGAUCUGGGGCAGAUCAGGCUGGAGCUGCAGCGCACAGAGGCCCAGAGGAGGCAGAGCCAGGAGGAGGUGCGCACGGCCCUGCUCUCCGCCAACGCGCUCAAGAGGCGCUUUGGCCACCUGGAGAACAGAUUUGAGGUGCUGGCCGAGCAGGUGGCCUCUGAGAUGAAGUGGGUGGAGGAGCUGGUGCUGUCCAUCGAGCAGGAGAAGAGGCAGGGCACAAGCAUGCGCUGAGAGUGACCGAUUUUAAAUAGAUAUGCACUCUCUCACACACGCACACACACGCAUGCACAUGCAACCCUGCCAUGCUCCUGCUUAUAUAAUGCACAAGGACUUGAGAAUGCCAUGCUCUUAUUGUUAUGCUAUGCAGUAGAAUCUCAAUUAUAUUAUAUAUACAUACACACAUAUUAUAUAUACAUACACACACACACAGUGUUUCAUUAUGUUUUUCAUUGACACAGUCUGGAAGAAAAGUGUGGUGCUCUUGCAAUAAGAAUUGUUAUUCAGCUAAUGUAUUUCAAUCCCCAUAUGAUGUGCAGUUAGUUGAAAGCUGCUUUUGCACAUGACAGAGCAUAGCGAGGACUGGAGAGUACAUGGAGGGUGAUCUGCAGAGGAGCACAUUGUCUUCAGUGGGCUUGUAAUGUUUUUAAGUACUACAGUAUUGAAAACCAUGCAAAACAGCAAUGCUGAGCACAUUGUGAUUCAAUUAUAUGCAUGAACUUCAGUCUGCUUUUUUGGAAACGUCUACUGCUCUGCUUGCCUUUGUUUUGUACUUGUUGUUUUUGAAAACAUCUAUAUCGUUCCUUUUUGUAAAACCCUUUCUCGUAUUUCUGUCAUUCCUUUGUUCAAGUCAAUAUUUGUCCUUGUAUUUAUUUGCAAGUUAGUGUGUGCUCAUCUGCUUGUUUAAGAUAAUAUACUGUUAUAUUCAUGCAUACUUUUUUAAAAAAUAAAGCCUAGGUAUUGAAUCCCAAAGUUUUUACAAAUAAAAUGAACA